AUGACACAGAUUACUAAACGUGAAAAUUUAGUUUCUGCCCCAAAGAAUUUACUGUAUCGUUCCUCUGUUGCCUGUACCUACUACACGGGCAACCCUCAGCCCAAGGCGCUGACUCGCAAGCCCCUCCUGCUCAACAAAGUGGAGGGCUCGCAGGAGGGGGGGAACAUGGCAGCGAUAGUGCCCAAGGAGGAUGGGGUCAUCAGCGUCUCCGAGGACAGAACAGUUCGUGUCUGGCUGAAGAGAGACAGUGGGCAGUACUGGCCCAGCAUAUACCAUGCAAUGCCAUCUCCAUGUUCAUGCAUGUCUUUUAACCCGGAAACCAGAAGGCUGUCCAUAGGUCUAGACAAUGGUACAAUCUCAGAAUUCAUUUUGUCAGAAGAUUACAACAAGAUGACACUAGUGAAAAGUUACCAGGCUCAUCAAAGCAGGGUCAUGAUGAUUCUGUUUGUCCUGGAAAUGGAGUGGGUGUUAAGCACCGGACAAGACAAACACUUCACAUGGCACUGUUCGGAGAGCGGCCAGCGGCUGGGAGGGUACCGCACCAGCGCAGGGGCCUGCGGCCUGCAAUUUGAUGUGGAAACCCGGCACGUGUUUGUUGGUGAUCAUUCUGGGCAAGUGACCAUACUCAAACUAGAGCAAGAGUCCUGCAGCCUUGUUACGACAUUUAAGGGACACACAGGUGGUGUCACUGCUCUCUGUUGGGACCCAAUACAGCGAGUUUUAUUCUCAGGCAGUUCUGAUCAUUCCAUUAUAAUGUGGGAUAUUGGAGGAAGAAAAGGAACAGCCAUCGAGUUGCAAGGACAUAAUGAUAAAGUUCAGUCUCUCUCAUAUGCUCACCACACUCGGCAGCUCAUCUCCUGUGGUGCGGAUGGGGGAAUUGUUGUCUGGAACAUGGAUGUUGAGAGGCAGGAGACCCCUGAGUGGCUGGAUAGUGACUCCUGUCAAAAAUGUGACCAGCCUUUCUUCUGGAACUUCAAGCAAAUGUGGGACAGUAAGAAAAUAGGUCUCAGGCAGCAUCACUGCCGGAAGUGUGGGAAAGCCGUGUGCGGCAAAUGCAGCUCCAAGCGCUCCUCCAUCCCGCUGAUGGGGUUCGAGUUUGAAGUGAGGGUCUGUGAUAGCUGUCAUGAGUCCAUAACAGAUGAAGAACGGGCGCCCACAGCUACUUUCCAUGACAGUAAGCACAACAUCGUUCACGUACACUUUGAUGCCACCAGGGGAUGGCUGUUGACCUCGGGGACAGACAAGGUUAUUAAGUUAUGGGAUAUGACACCAGUAGUGUCUUGAUGGUACAUCAGUGGAACUUGAAAGGUGACACUUACAGAAGAAACAGAUUUCCUAACCCUAAUCAUACUGCAGAAGAUAGAUAACGCUGGGUGCAUACAGCAGAUGAGAAAGGAACUAAUGCGUUUACAACGAUUUUAUGUCCUCUGCUUGAUCAAGGCUGAACAUUUGCACGAAGACUCUUUCCACUUAUUCUCAAAAUAUACAAGAAGGUAUUUUUUUAACUAAUGGUUUGUACGAUCUGACUUUGGUUGUCUUGAGUUUGUUUGGAAAAUCCAUGUGCGGUGCAAUUUUUAGUUUUUAUAUUUCACUAUGUCAAGAUACUUGCUGCUUUGUACAGAGGGUUCUCGGGUUGUGUCUUACCACGUGAGUUUUUGGUGUCAGCAUACUGUAUAAGGCAAUCGGCUGUCCCCACAGUGAGUACCUAUAGAUUUGGGAUGUUUCCACUGACCAUGCUCUCUUCAGUGGAGGAACUCCAGGUGCGGCGUUGCCUGUUCUCUGGGUGCAUCACCGAGGAGCUGAUGGACUAUUGCAAUUCCUAAAAGGGCUCUACCAUCUACUUGUCAUAGCAGACAUCAUCCAGAGAGCAUUUUAGUGGUUUGUAGUAGCUAAAAUCCAGCUUCCUGCCUCUUUCCUUGCUGCACAAGUUGCAAAACCAGGGGGCAGGUUGCUUAGCAACUAAUUUCUACAAAAACUGAAAUAGUUUUCUGUCUCAGAGCAUUACAAGAAGCACACAGACCCAUUUGAGUUUGAUGAGGCUGACAGGCUGAUUCAAAUUAAAUUAUUGGCAACAGAAACUUUUGAGAGUGUGUGCAUGGGGCGGGGGGGCAGAUCUAAAACUGGUCUAGGUCUGAAAAGUCUGGUUUACCUCUACCUCUACCUUGCGCAGCAACAUUUCAGCAUUUAAACCUGUCUGUGUUGUUGAAGAUUAAUUUGAUUUUCCUGUGUUCCAUAUGGUUAGUCAUAUUUAUUUUUUAAAAUGCUGAUGGUUUUUAUUAAUUUCCUCUAUAGACCAGAAACUGAUAUUGCUGAAUUA